GGCUAUAUUUAUGGCUUCUGGUUUGGUUUGAUUGUCCAAACAAUUGCAAUAUUUACAUCUUCAGCAUUGAUUUACUAUAUUGGGAGGAUUGGCUUCAAGAGCAGAGUUGAUCAGUACAUGCAGAAGUACAUCAUAUGGAAGGCGAUGAUGGCUGGGAUUGAGAAGAGUACGUAUGAAGCGGCCAAGAUCAACAUACUGCUGUGCUUCGUUCCAAUGCCUUACGGAGUGCAUGCGUUUCUUUUCGCGCUAUCGACCUGCCCCUUUGUGCCCUUCGUGAUCAGCUUUGAGAUCGGAAUGAUUGGGCACACGACGCUGAACCUGGCGAUUGGGGACGCCCUGGCACAAGCAACUUCCGAGGGAACGGAUCUGUACACCUUGAUCGGAGCAAUCUGUGGGGUGACGGCAAUGAUCUUUACGAUCUGGUACGGCGGUGUGCUUACACAGAAGAUGAUGGAUACUUACAUCCAAGAGGGAGGAGAAGCUGACGGCACGCUUCUUCACAAUGCUUCUAUGCACGGUUCAGCCACCGAGGUUCAAGUUGUAAACAGCAGCUCGGAAGGAUCUUCAACAUGUCAUGAGAACACUUCCUCGGACAGUAGCAUUGACUUGGAGCAGAACAUCUUAAUUGCUGAAGUUGUGGAGGAGGGAGACAUGGAAGGGGGGGACGGGAAGGCAGAUGAGGAGGACGAGAAGAAGGGAUUAACAGAAGGUUGA